GGUAAGUAUCUUUGGAUCGAAUCAAGACCACCACCGGCUAAUAAAUCAACCGAUCGAAUCAUAAUUUAGGGUUUGACCCUGAUUGCAAUGGAUACAAGUCAAGUCUUAUCACUUCUUCUAUUGAUUUUGUUCAUCUCCAAUGCUUCUUCGUUCGAUAUUUCUCGUGAGCUAGUUGAUGGAGAAACACAAAAGGAUAAUUCAAAUUCAACCACUAAACAAGAGUCUCCGUUGCUUAAUCCUAAACCCAGUGGAGAUGGUAAAUCCAAUGUGACCUCAUUAGAACCUACUCUGCCAAAUAGUAAUUCGACGAAUCCUAAUCCUAAAGAGCCUGAUUCAAUGAGUCCACCUCCGCCACUAUUACCUGAAAAUGAGAAGAAUGAUACCAAAGUGUUAAAUACAACAGAGCCGAUAAGCCCGCCUCCGCCUCCAGCGAACCUAACCGAUAGCCAGGAUAGUGGAAAGCUACCGGCUAAAAUGGCGCCGCCUCCAAAUAGUUUGGAGAGUGGGAAAAAUGGGACGGAGCCAGGUAAGGAGAGUCCGCCUCUGGUUAAAGAUCCUGAUAAGGCCAAGGAUGAUAAGGGGAGCUCUGAGUCUGCCAGUGUAGAAACCUGUGUAGGAAAGUCUAACAUAUGUAGAACUGAGAAUUCAUUGGUGGCUUGCACUUUGAGCAUUGAUAAAGGUUCUGCUAACUGGUUGAUUCUAGUUCAAAACGAAGGUGAAAUAUCUCUAAAAGCAAAAAUUGUUCUUCCGGUUAACUCUUUACAAGAGCUGACACUGCCAAAACACCAGAGUCAAAGGGUAAACAUAUCCAUUAGUGGAGACACAAACAAGAUCAUACUAGACGGUGGAAAAGGAGAGUGUGCGCUUCACAUGUACCCAUCAGAAGAAAACACCUUACCAUUCCACUUUCCCUCAUAUGAAAAACUAGUGACGCCCAUUAACGGUGCAUAUUUCUUAAUAGUAUCCGUCGUGAUUUUUGGGGGAAUUUGGGCAUUUUGUCUGUGCCGGAAGAAUCGCCGUGCAGGCACUGGAGUGCCUUAUCGUGAGCUAGAACUGAGCGGAGGACCAGGCUUGGAAAGUGAGUCAGGGGUCCAUGAUGUGGAGACAGCGGACUGGGACGAGGGUUGGGAUGAUGAUUGGGAUGAGAAUAAUGCUGUGAAAUCGCCCGGUAGUGCAGCAAAGAGUGUGAGCAUCUCUGCUAAUGGCUUAACAGCAAGGGCUCCAAACCGCGAUGGCUGGGAUCAUGACUGGGAUGACUAGAGUUAUAAUGUUUAUAUCAAAGGAUGGAUAACCAUUACAGAAGAAUGAAAACCACUUGGAUACAGAUACCUGCAAAGAAGAUAAGACAGAAGAAAAAAAAAGGUUAAUGUAUACGCAAUUCGCCUAUAUAAAUAUUUUAGAAUUCA